AUGACGUUCAAGGGAUUCACAGACGGGCCUGACUUGAGGCCGUUUGCCUGCGAUUGGGAGUCCUGUAACAAGGAUUUCAAACGCAGGUCAGACCUAACAAGGCACUACAAAAUUCACACGAAUGAGCGACCACAUCCAUGUACAGCUCCUGGCUGCGAAAAGCGGUUCAUUCAGCGCAGCGCUCUAGCUGUGCACACUCGGACACAUACUGGCGAGAAGCCGCACAAAUGCAAAUAUCCUGGAUGCACAAAGAGGUUCUCAGAUUCAUCAAGCCUUGCCAGGCACCGCCACGUACACACUGGGAGCCGUAGUCGCCGAUGUGCGCAUAUCGACUGUCCGAAGAGGUAUGAACCACAAGGUCCUCUUCAACUGAAGUUGUGUAACUGA